GGCUCCACCUUUAGUCCCAUGUGUGAGCGCUCACUGGGAGCCACUCCGGCAGCAGGAGGAGCAGCAGCAUUGGGUGUGGACAGCCUGGCAGGAGGGGAGAGCCAGGAGGCCUUGCUGGCGGCGUGUGGGGCAGCGGGGCUCCUGGGAGCUCACUUCUCUUAUCCCCCUGCUCGGACUCUGGAGCAUGGACUUGCCUUCCCUGGUGCAUGGGCCCCGCUGGAUGGGGGCUGUGCUCUUCCUUGGAGUGCAGCUGCUAGCACUCUGGCCUGUGGCUGCUGUGGAAGUGCACACGUCCAGGGAAGUGGAGGCGGUGAAUGGGACCAACGUACGCUUAAAAUGCACCUUUUCCAGCUCCAGCCCUGUGGGCCAGCGACUGACGGUGACCUGGAACUUCCGGCCCCAGGGACUGAACUCUGCUGAGUCUGUGUUCUACUACUACGAGGAGCCCUACCCCCCCACCAACGGGCGAUUUAAAGAACGAGUUACGUGGGAUGGGAACAUUGGCCGGAACGACGUCUCCAUCAUCGUCUGGAACCUGAAUCCCAGCGACAACGGGACCUUCACUUGCCAGGUGAAGAACCCACCAGAUGUUGAUGGCACAAUCGGCGAAAUCCAGCUCCGGGUUGUGCAGCAAGUGCACUUCUCAGAAAUCCACAUCCUCCUUCUGGCCAUCGGCUCUGCCUGUGCGCUGAUGAUCAUUGUGGUGACUGUGGUAGCGGUCUGUCGGCACUAUCGGAACAGACGGCAGGAGAAGAGCACUGAGACGGUGGAAACAGAACUAACAGAAAAGGAGACGCUGAAGAGUACAGAAGAGAAGGCAUCUGUCCCAUUAGAAGACUAAGGUUCUCUCACUAAAGGGUACAUACGCUUUCCAACAGCUUUCUGGCCUGCUGAAGGUUUUGAAGUAGGGCUGCCACAUGGUUUCAACAAAAAUACUGGACACCCUUGACAUUACAUCACACUCUACAUUACAUCUGAUUGAGAAAAUACCUGACAUUUCUAUUUUCUCAAUUUGUUUUCCGAACAGAAAGCUCAAAUACUGGACUAUCCGGUUCAAAACUGGACACCUGGCAACCCUAUUUUGAAGAGGGAUUUUUACAUGGUGGGGCCACGACCUGUGUGAAAUGAAUGGGCAGGUCUCAGGACAGUUCCUAGUGGACAGGUCAUGGUACUCAUAUUAAAAAACUGCGACUACCAUAGUCACAGUUAGUACCGACUGGCUUUCUCCUUGGCAGCCUCAGUAGGCAGAACAAGGACUGAAUGGGACAUGGAGACAGAACUUUCUUCUCAGCUUAUGGGAGGUUUCCCUGGUUGGGGCUGAUGUUAAUUGGUAGGGAUGCUUGAACAGUUGCUACCCAUUAUGUAGCAGCUUUGUGGAUAAAUAAGAGUGCCAUUUUCAUCUCCACUUUUAGAUUCACUUUGCAUUCCUCCUUUUGAAGGCCAUUACAGGAAGAAGAUUUCUGAGGCUAAUAACAGGCUCUGCUGAUGCAUUUAUAUAUCAUUUUACUUUCCUACCUUUUGAUAUCAUCAGUUGUCUUCAUUUCUUAAGUCCCAAGAAUGGUGUAGUAAUAUGUCGUCUUAUUUUCCUUCCUGUAGCUUCUCCCCUGCAAAAGUGUCAGAAGCAGGUGGUUAAGCCUUCUGAUUUGAAAACAAGCUGAAUCACAGGUGUCUGAUACCACAACUGUGGUAUCCCCAUUCAUUUUUGUCACAGCAAAAUGGUGGGAUUAAAAUAAAGCAUGAGCUCUCAUUUCCUUCCAUUGAAGCAACGCAGGGGAAACUUGUUCUAUCAACAGUGAAGUUGUCUUUGGUCUUCACUGACAACUUCAAGAGAACUAUAAGAAAUUCAAAGGUAUCUGAACAGAUGUUUCAAAAUUCUCAUCUUGGCAUGUGGAAGAAUUUUGGAAAAAAUGCCUUUAAAUUUUUUUAACUUUUUUUACCGUUUUCCUCUCCUUCCCCACAAAAAACUCUCCCAAUAUUUGUGGGAAAGAAAAUGGGAAAAAGAAUAAGUCACUCUGAAUGAAAAUAGGACAAUCGUAGAAUCCUAGAACACUAGAACUGGAAGGGACCUUGAAAGGUCAUCGAGUCCAGUCCCCUGCCCUCACGGCAGGACCAAGCACCGCCUAGAUCAUCCCUGACAGGUGUCUGUCUACAAUGGUUAACUCAUUCCCAUUGCAAACAGUCUGUAAUUGCUGGCUGCUUAUUAGUUCUUGCUUUAAUCCUCAAAUUGGGUUUGUACUUUGUUUCCUCUUUCAAAGCUCUUUAAAUGUUUCUAAAAUGAAGACUGAUGAGAUAGUUUGAUCACAGGGAGAGCUUAUUGCAAAAACAGGAUUUUGAGCCCCUUGUUACUCAAAGUGGAAAGUGUUACAGGUUUGACCAUGUGCCAUUUCUUUUGCCAGAAUGAUAUUUAGAAGUAGGUGCAUUUUUCAGCUUGACUUUUGUUUGGCAUUUUAGGUGACUCAGUGUGUGAAAGUAACAGGCUGGGAACCCUGCCUGUUGCCAGCUGCAACGUGAGCAAGUUCUGUGGUGGUCUCUGCCCAUUUCUAUUUUACUGAUGCACCAAAAUCCCCACUUUCUUUUGCUGGUCCAGACCUGGUUCCCCCCACUCACUCCUGAUUCACCUCAGUUCUACCCUCCAGCACCUUGUGCUGCUUGCCAGCAGCUAUGUACCAUUUGCAGAUGCCCCUCAACUAUGGCAUGCAGCAGCCAAUUCUGUUCCAACCUAGAGAUUCUCCUAAGUAAACACUAACCAGUUGCCCUAAUCACAGUAAAGUUUUAUUUCUUAUCAAAGUUCAGUGGUUCCAUGGUAUCAAGAUUCUGGGAGGUCCAGAUACCUCUCAGGAAUGCAAGCAGCUCUCUUAGAUAUGCAAAUUGAUGCAAAAGGAAAUUUGUCUCAAUGCUAGUUACUGCUCCCGGUUAGCACUAGCAUAUCUUAGUGCUAAAUAUGUGGUGAGCACAUCAGAUUCAGUCCUGCUGCAAACCUCAGUUUAAAACAAGUAAUCAAGAUCUCAGAGUGCUUCUGUAUUUAAGUGGCAUGAAAUCAAAAUACAAGCUUGUUUGUUAGAAAGUAUUUUUGCUUUUAUGGCCCUGCCUGUGAAGUACUUGCUGUGUUAUCUCUGUUAGUUUGUUUUCUUUUCCUAUUAUGGAGGGUCAUAAAUAAAUUUGCUUUGUGGGCAGAGUCAGAAGCUCUGACAGUAUAGUUAGCACAAUGUAAGUCUAGAGAAACUCUCUAUGAUACUACAAACCUUCCUAUCCUUAACGUAGAGUUGGUCUGGGUUUUUGAUACAGUGGAAUAGAUGCCCCUAUGUCAUGACAAGGAAAGGCUGUUUAUAUAAAAGAGAAAUUUUAACACACAAUCCUAAAUUCAUGACCAAUAUGGUUUUGUUGCAAUAUAAGAAUGUUUGUAUACAGCACAAUGAUGUUAUGUUGUGGCAUGGGCAUGCAUGUGAAAGCAAUAACCAAUGCAGAAAUUAAUUGUCUUCCUGCUGUACCUACAUCUGUCCUCUCAGAUCUGCGCCUUUUCAGGUGCAGACACCCCCCUGUCCAUACUGAACAGCUCUCACUUUGGUAUGGGGAUCAGUAUACAAGUAAAGCAGGAUUACAAGAAGGAACAUUCCAAAUAAUGGGGCUAAAAGGUUCCAGUCCUGUUCUCAUUGAAAUAAAUGGCAAAGCUCCCAUCAACUUCAAUGAAAGGAGGAUCGGAGCAGUGAGUUGGAAAAGGAAGAUAUUGUACUGUAUCCAGUCUCACUUGUUGAGAUACAAGAUACUAAUAUAGAUAAAUCCAGAUUAUCCAAACUCUCCACAUUUCAUUUGACUCCAAAUCUGUUUGGGUCCUCCAAGUCCCAAAACCUACAGAGGGUCUAAUGUAAGGCUCUCUCAUGGAAUUUGUCAUGUUACUGUUUUGGCUCUUCAAAUGAACUGACUGCAGAUUAAAUUCAACUAUCAGAUGCUGCUGUGCUGUGAGACCCACAUCCUGAAGGUUAACAUAAUAACACAACUUUUGUAUUCAUCUACCUAUUUUUAGUAGCAGUUUUUAGAGCAAUAUUACCCUCAUUCUGUGUUUUGUAGUUUCUCUACUUCUCUUCUGCAAACAUAAUUAUCUAAUUCUACUUGUCAAUUUCAAGGCCCUGAUUCUAUCAGCUGUUAUGCUUGGGCAGACCUUUCAAUAGUGAAGAGACCCAUUAACUUCAUUAGGGGUCUGGAUGGGUGCAGAGCUCUGCUCACAUGCAACAACUUGUGGGAUCAAAGUGCAAGGGCAGUAUCUAGAAUUGAUGUGCAUUUUUAUGAGUCAAACUGCUAAGUUAGAGACAAGUUUCAGAUUUUCAUUUUUUGCUGCAAAACUUAUGUUUCAACAGAGACAGAAACUAUAGUAAGUAAGGGGCUGUGUCCCAUCUCUGCUGACAGAUACUCUUUUGUAAUGUAAUUUAUUUAAAAUGAGCUUUUCAAGUCAUUGUAUAUAAAUAAACCAUUUUUAGUAUUAAA